AUGCUUUUCUUCGACCCGCUCUUUCAUCUCAUCACACUGCUGACGCUGGCGUCUGCUGCACCUCUCAACCGAGACCUUCAAACCGGCCUCACCAGCCGCCAAACGGACGACUGCAAGCAAAUGAUGGUCAUUUUCGCCCGGGGAACUACCGAGCCCGCCCCCAUCGGCCUGAUAGCGGGACCGCCGCUGAAAUCCGCCUUGCAGAACAAGGUGGACGCUGGCAAUGUCGACUUCCAGGGCGUCGACUAUCCCGCCGAUGUGGCCGGGUUUCUGGCCGGCGGUGACGCGGGUGGGAGCAAACUGAUGGCGCAAAUGGUCACGCAGGCCGUCGCGAGCUGUCCCAACUCGGACGUUGUCAUGGCAGGCUACAGUCAAGGCGGCCAGCUCGUUCAUAACGCCGCGGAGCAGCUGGACGGCAGCACCGCUUCGAAGGUCUCGUCUGCGGUUAUAUUCGGCGACCCCGACAAUCCGAAGCCCAUUGCGCAGGUCGGGAAUCAGAAGGUCAUCUGUGCCAGUGGGGAUUUGAUAUGUGCUGGGCAGGCUGUAGUAUUGGCGCCGCACUUGAGCUAUGGGGGUGACGCAGAUGAGGCGGCAGAUUUUAUUGUGUCUAACGCGAAGGCAGGGAGUGCUGCCCUGAGGUAG